AUUAUAAUGGGGCGCCGACCAGCAAGAUGUUACCGCUACUGCAAAAAUAAGCCCUACCCUAAGUCAAGGUUCUGCAGGGGUGUGCCAGAUCCAAAGAUCAGAAUCUUUGAUUUGGGUAGAAAGAGGGCACGAGUGGAUGAGUUCCCACUCUGCGUUCAUCUCGUUUCUGAUGAGUUUGAACAGCUGACAUCCGAAGCUCUGGAAGCUGCUCGAAUCUGCGCCAACAAAUAUCUGGUGAAAUUCUGUGGUAAAGAUGCCUUUCACUUGAGGAUGAGAUGCCACCCAUACCACGUCAUCCGAAUCAACAAGAUGUUGUCGUGUGCUGGGGCUGAUAGGCUCCAGACAGGGAUGAGAGGUGCCUGGGGCAAGCCUCAGGGCACAGUGGCCCGGGUGGACAUAGGUCAGAUCAUCAUCUCCGUGAGAACCAGAGAGCAGUACAAGGCCCAAGCCAUUGAAGCUUUCAGGAGAGCUAAGAUGAAGUUCCCGGGACGACAGAAGAUUCACGUGUCCAGAAAGUGGGGCUUCACCAAGUGGGACAAAGAGAACUAUGAGGAGAUGAGGGCGAGCGGGCGCCUGGUGCCUGACGGCGUAGGGGUUCAGUACAAACCCGACCACGGACCAUUGAUUAAGUGGAAACAGGCUCAGAUGGCUAAAUAAACUAAAACUGAGCCAGUUCUGUGGUACAGUCUGUCAACAGUUAUGAAUAAAGCUGUAGAGAGAUAG